AGAGAGAUGAUGAGACCAGUCAAAAUGUGCUCUCUCUCUCUCUCUCUCUCAUUUUCUAUCUCUCUAUGUGACAUAGGAAACUAGUUCCUACUCCAGCUUUAUAUAAACCAACUGAAGGCCAGGUCUAGUGCUAUGGGGGAAAGCAUUGCAUGAUAAUUAGUUUCUCAGUCACCGAGCCCUCUCCCUUCUCUUUGAACAUUACAUCUCUCUCUCUCUCUCUCUCUCUCUCUCUCUCUCUCAUACAAAGAAUGGGAUUCUUUUCAUUCCAACACCAAAACCCUUUCCUCCUAGACUCACCAAUUUAUGACUACCCAAGUCAUGAUGAGACCUUCAAGAUGCAAUUCCUACCAGCUGAACAAGCAGAAGACAUGGGGAACAAUGCCUCCUCCUCAAUUGAGUGUGGCAGCUCCAGUAUUGGUGCAUCUACCCCAUUGAUCCCUUCCUCUCCUUCUUCUUCUCUGGUUGCUGUUCCCCAUCCUUGUGAAAGAGCAGCUAUUAUUAAGCCACAGGAUAAGAAGAGGAAGAGCAGAUGUGGAAGUAGCUUGAGCUCUUCUCAGUCCAAGGAAUCCAAGGAAAGCAGCAAGGCCAGAAAAGUGAGGAAUGAGGAGAAUAAGGCCAAGAAUGGGGUGAAGAGUGAGGCCAAGUCAAGUGAGGAGCCUCCAAAAGGCUACAUUCAUGUCAGAGCAAGGAGAGGCCAAGCAACAGAUAGCCACAGCCUUGCUGAGAGGGUGAGGAGAGAGAGAAUAAGUGAGAGGAUGAGGAUGUUGCAAGGCCUUGUCCCUGGCUGUGACAAGGUCACAGGAAAGGCUCUCAUGUUGGAUGAGAUCAUCAACUAUGUGCAGUCCCUCCAAAACCAAGUUGAGUUCCUCUCCAUGAAGCUUGCUUCCAUGAGUCCCAUAUUAUAUGGCCUUGGCUCGGACUUUGAUGGCCUUGUGGAUCAAGCACAAGGUUGCAGCCCAAAUUUUGAGAAAUACUCAGAGAGCAUGUCAGUGACAAUACCAUGUGUACACCCAGAAACAAGUCCUCUUCAACCUAUUGCUUUUGAAGGGGCACUUGGAGACUACCCCAUGACAAGCAAUUCCACAUCCCUUUCACUACAAAACCAAGGGCCCAUUUCCUUUUCCCAGGACACUGGAAAUUUUCUCAUGCAAGUGGGUGACCAAAGACAGGGCCUUCUCAACCAAGUGGUGUUCAAUGACAUGUGCUCGUUUCAGUAGAGAGAGAAAGAAAAGGACCUCUUUUAACAUGCAAGAGGCACUCUCCAUAUAUGUAAGAACAAGAGCUGAGACAGUAAAUGUGCAGUGGAAGACCAAAUAAGACUAGAUCACCUCUCACUGCUCAGAUCACAAGAUUAAGUAGUUGGGUUCAACUUUCCUCUACUAAUUUGGUGCAGUAUACACCAAUGUUCAUGUGAAGCAAAACCCUGGAGUAGCUAGAUGAGGGAGAGGGAGAAAAUGGAAUUGAAGAGGAGAGAGCAUAUGCAUGGAAACAUAUAAACCUCUAAUGGAUCUUCAUUGCUGCUUUAUUAGAUUUGUCUCAUGCACAGAUGUAGGGAUCCUAUAUAUUCAGGAUGUUGCUAUUAAUUGUUGGCCGCAGUGCCAUGAUGAUGUUAGACUUUUCUUGAUGAAGUUAUAUAAUGUUAAAAUGACUUAUUGUUUUCAUA